CCUACCUCUUAACACCAACAUUCAACAUCCAACACCCCUCACGAUCUAACACUCUUCAGCUUCACAACCCCAGAACAACACACACUCUCACCACACCCUCAACACAACCUCACCAUGUCCGGCUCCGACGAGAACGGCUCCCCCGGCAGCGCGCCCAACAAGCCCGAAGAGGCGCAGCAGACAGAGCACCUCAACAUCAAAGUGACGGACAACAACAACGAGGUCUUCUUCAAGAUCAAGCGCACCACCCAGCUCAAGAAGCUGAUGGAUGCCUUCUGUGAGAGGCAGGGCAAGGCGCCUAGCUCGGUUAGGUUCUUGUUUGAUGGGAGUCGAGUGCAGGCUACGGAUUCGCCUGAUACUCUCGACAUGCAAGACGGCGACACCCUCGAGGUGCACCAAGAGCAGAUCGGCGGCUGCGCUUCUGCCUAAACCAACCCCUCUCUCAGCACACCACAAAAGUUUUCGUUUUCGCAUCGCAACGGUCCGGGGGGGGGGUGGGGGGCGAAACGAAUCUGACAAAACGAAAUUGACAUUUUAUUUUGCGAGAUGAGAUGAGGAUUUGGACUGAGUGAGCCAUGCAGUGUGUCCGUCGAUACGAGGCUUUGAGCCCGUUGACGAGAUGACGAUGGUUAUGGGUUUAUUUGAUAUGAAUGGAUGGAUGGUGAUGGUGGGACUGGGAUUCGCUCCUUUUUAUUGGGGGAGGGUUCAUGGCGUUUUUUUCUUAUUUUGAGAUUUGAUCUUUGAUCUUAGAGCGGUGG